AGAAAGGCUUUAUUAGAAAGAAAACCAUGCUUGACCCAACCCUCUUUGAAUACGGUUGGUUCCCGAUAUGCAGCACUACAAUGAAUUGAAGGAUAAGUGGGUUUUGUGUCUUCAGCGUUACUGACAAAGAUCAAAAUGUCUAAACUUACUCAGCAAGACAGAAAAGACUUGGAAAAAUUCACCAAGUUUUUGAUUUAUAAGAGUUUGCAGAUCAUCGUGCAGUCCAGAUUGGGAGAAAAAAUCCAGACAAAGUCCAAGCCAUUUUCCUCUGGUGCAGAUUGGUUCAACCUUGCAAUAAAAGAUGUUCAAGAAGUGCAUGCAGAAACAAAAAAGGCUCUUGCUGGACAGACAGCUCUUCUAAGUCAAAAUGUCUGUGUGGAAAUUUCUCUCAAAACCUCUGAAGGAGAUUCAAUGAUUUUAGAGACGUGGUACAUAGGCUUGAACAAAGACACCUGUGAUGUUAAUGCUCGCGUUUCCUACACGGUCUACAACCGCAUGGGUAGUGCUUUGAAGACAUUGCUCAGUAUUUCUCGAGUUACACCAGCAUACAAACUUUCUCGUCAACAGGGUGUGUGCUCGGAUGACUACGUGAUUUGUUACCGCUUUUACCAAGGAGAACCACAGUUUUUCAUGCUUGGAGACAAUUACCAGACUAUUAAGGUGGGUACAGUGCCCACCCCUGUUGGGACCAUUUAUAUGAACCUUGCCUACAGAACCAAGCUCCUUAUAACUCCACAGAAAUCAUCCAGGGAGAUCCUGUUUGAAGUAAAAGAUGAUCACUUUAAGAAAGACAAUAGUCCCAGGAGGCCAACUACGCCAAAACCAUGUUCUCUAGGAUAUAGAAGGAACAGUACAUCAGAGGAUUUGUUUGGAGAAGGGUAUGAUGGACAGGACUUGUGCUCCACCACGUUUGACAACAGUCCUGCGGAGGCGUUCUUCCAUGGUAUGUUACACAAUCCUCAGCAGUUGUCCGCCCCUCAGCAGAAGACGGUCAGCAGAACACUAGCAGAUGACUGGGAGGGAAAAGAACAAUACAGGAACAAACAGGAAACUGUUGAAAAACAGCUAAGUUUUACCUCAUACCAGAGGAUAGGAGCAUUUGCUCAAAAUAGGAAUUCCAAGGAGAUCAAAAAUGACUUUGAAGAUGUACCGUUUCUGAGCUUACUUCAACCAGAGAGUAAACCUUCAGAGACAAAGACUGAAAUAUCGGGGGACCAGAAUCAUCUGGGGUCAAAUGACAAAGUCUCUAAGGAGAAAUUGAGUGGGGAAAAGGCAAUAGAUCAGGCUUUGUCACCCUCAGAGAGUGUAUCCAGCAAUACGUCAGCACCAGAUGACUUUGUCAUGGUGGAAUUGAAAACUCCCUUUGCUGGGGCUGAUCCUAACACUGACCUGGGAACGUUUUACAGAGAAUGUCAGGGAGCUCCACAGCUAGCCAUGUGUAGUGGGGAAAGCAAUGUCACUGAAGCUCUAGAGGAAAUAUCUUGUCAGUUACAGAUGUUUGAGUCGAACAUUGAAGGAUUUGAUGAUUUUGUUACCUCAAUAACAGAGAGUGUAACUGUGGAGUAACCUAUUCAAUUUCCCCCCAAAAAUUCAGAGUUCAAUGGCUAUUGUAAUGUACUUGCACAUACAUUUGUUAGUGCUUUCCUGUGUGCUUCAUGUCAAUGAUGUUGUCACUAUUUUAAGAGUACCAUUUGGUUUUGUCAGUAUAUCAUACUGUGUUAAGAGAAUCAAAUGUUCAAAGUAAAUCUCAACUGAUUGAGUCAGAGAUCAAAAAUUCAAAGGCUAGUACAUUGUUAUAUCAAAAUGAAUGUUUAAUUACCAAUUGACUUUUCAAUAUCAUAAUUUAAUAGUAGUUGGAAAAACUCUUGAUGGAUUGAUGGGUUUGACAAUACUGUUCUCUCAAUAAGGAAAAACAUGAUGAUUUUGUGAUUGGAAAGCUAGCUAUUAAGGUCAUGCUCUGAAUUCACACCUGUUUUACCCUCUUUAGCAACCACAUAAGAGAAGCAUUUCAAAUUCUAGUCUCUAAAUCACUAUAAAUUAUCACAUAUAUGUUAAAAGAAGAAGUCAUUUGAAAGUUGAAAGAUCAAAGUCAAAUUCAUUACCUGUAACACUUUUUACAGUUUGUUUGCCACAUAGGAAAGACUAUAUUUGUUAAUUCAUUUUUUCAUACUGUAUUUUUCUCAGAUUUUUUAGGUGAAUAUGGGAAAAAAAACAUACAUGUAUAUAUAUUUUGAAACCCACACAUCAAGUUGAGAUUGUAUUUAUU